CUACGCCUCGCCCACUGACACAGCCUGAGAAAGACGUCACAAUUGCCAGCUGGCCCGUGAUUGGGCGGUCGGAGCAGUCACGUGAUGUUUUGGCUCCGCGCUGCCACAAUCCGUGCGCCGCCGAACGUCACAUAUAGAAAUAAUGUCUCAUCCAGGGCCAACAUUCUUCAGUUAAUGUCGCUGACUAGGGUUGCCUUGACCCAACAACAUCUUGAUAGAUGCAUGAUCUUCACUUCUGAUUUAGAUUCUAUAUCUAGAUUUCAGCAGUAUUCCCUUUCAAGUUUAUUUGAAUAAAAGGAGCAGUUAUGCAGCGGCACCACAAAGCACAAAGAGGACUAAAUACUGGACUACUUCUAUUAUUUGGUCAGAUAUAUCAAGUUGGGCUGAACAACAUUCCACCUGUUACAUUUGCAACUUUGGCAGUGAACAUUUAUCUCUUUUUACAACCCCUGAAACCACUGGGGGAAGUAUGUAUCAGUGUCUCUGAGGGAUUUUACAGGAGAGACUGGCAUCGUCUAUACCUUUCAGCCUUUCACCAUGCAGAUGACUGGCAUCUAUAUUUUAAUAUGGUCUCCCUCCUUUGGAAGGGAACUAAGUUGGAGAGAAGGCUUGGAAGCGUAUGGUUUGGAUAUAUAAUCACAUUAUUUUCAGUGCUAGUUGGAAUUGUAUACAUGAUUUUGGAAUUUACCCUUGCGGAACUUCUGGAGAAUCCUUUAUUCAUUCAGAGCUGUGCUGUUGGUUUUUCAGGAGUGCUAUUUGCUUUGAAAGUUCUUAACAACUAUUACCAUCCCGGUGGGUCCAGCAGCAUCAUGGGAAUUUAUGUAUCCAACAGAUAUGCUUGUUGGGUGGAACUUAUAGCAAUUCACUUACUGAGCCCAGGGAGUUCUUUUGCUGGCCAUUUGGCAGGGAUUCUUGUUGGACUAAUGUAUACCAUGGGACCGCUGAAGACUAUCAUGAAAGCAUGUGCAGGUGGAUUUAUAUUUCCAACUCUCUUUUCACGACAAAGAAACAACAACAAUCCAGAUUAUAGAUAUUCAGGUUAUGCAUCAAAUGCACAAAGAGACUACAAUCCUUAUACUGCCGGGAUGAAUGAGGAGGAACAGGUCGAAUGGGCAAUAAGAAACAGUCUGAAUGACAGAGGCAAUAGUGCAAGACAUUACCAUAAUGAGAGGAGACCCUAUGGCUUCUGGCUUCCACCUGAAGAACCAUCACAUGAAGAACUUAGAAGGCGACGACUUGAAAGGUUUGAGAGGUGGUAAAAUUCUCAAAUCUCAUCACACAUAUAUAAAAGAGCUCUUGAAAACUAUCAAAACAUGGAGUUAUCUUUUUCUUUUAAGGAAUCUCUUUUAAGAAAAGAAUGUUUCCUAUACGUUGUCUUCCAAGUUGUGAAGAAAAGGUACUCCUGCUGGAUAUAUGAACUAAAAGUUAAGACUAAUCUUGGUUCCUGCAAAUUACUGUAUUAUUCAUCUUAAAAGAUUUCAGUCUGCCACAGCCGUUCGGCACUUUUCUGUGCAUUUCCUAUAUAUUUCCAGAAUUUCAUGAGAAUUUGAUUAUUGAAUUUUUAUACUUUGAUAAAACAAAUUGUGAUAAUGUAGUUUGUUAUCCAUGAUUUCUUUCCUCAUUAUUGAGUCUUAACCACUGCCUGAUUUGAUAUAGUUGGAAAGUAGAGCCAUUUGCUAUGCGGCAGUGUUUAUUGUGUAUACAAAUCUAACAGUCAAAGAGAUUAUAAAAUAUUAUUUUCAUUCUGAUUUGAGGUGGGGAAUGGCUGUUUUAUCUUUUCAAAGGUCAUUUUCAGAAACCAGUUAGUGCUUCAUUGGGCAUUUCUAGACCACCUCUGAUAAUCAUGUACUAAAAUGUUUUAAGUAUAUUCCACUUGAAUAUAAACAUACCCUUUUAAUCAUCAUCCCUAUUUUUUCUUGUCCUGGACAUAACCCACUGGAAAUAUUUCCUGUGUAAAACCAAUUGAAAUCAAAAUGAGAUGAUCAGGAGCAUUACUUCAUCACGAUCCAUUAACCUUGGUGGCAGAAGUGGUAGUAGAGUUUUUGUUGUAGCCUAACAUUAAUGUGUAUAUUUGCACUCUUUCCUCGUAUUGCAGAGAAGACAGAAGACUCUAGUUAUCAGUAAUGCCUUCUGUGCAUACUUAGGCAUUUAUGUCUCCAAACUUUUUUGGCGAAACCAAAGUCAAUAGUUCCUUUAUUUGAUUUAGAAAGAAUUCUAAAUAUGGUAUUGUGCUUCAAAAUAGCUUUUAUUUGGCUUACUCUUCCCUUCUUUAGAACCACAUACCUUUGGCUUCCAAGAUUACGCUAGAUGUCCAUAGAUUCUAAAGGUCGCUUGUGGCUUUGUCAGCAGUGUCCUUGGACUUAGUCCUAUGCUUGUGAUGCAUCUUUUAGGAAAUAAUUUACUGUUGUUGUAUAAGUAUGCUAAUAUAAAAGUAUUGGCAUUGUUCUUUUUAUACACAUAAUAUCUGAACUUUGUAUUUUUAUAACAUAAUGUAAUCUGAGUAGAAGAAAGUUCUACUGCUUUGGAUCCUUUCAAUGCAAUUUGAAGCAGAGUUGUAUUAUGUCACAUGGUCAACUACUGGAAAUGUAUGUUAAUUUGUUGGAAUCUACACAUCUACCUCCCCAGGGAAUUUUGUCCAGGAAGUAUGUAUCUAUAAUUAUAUUUCUCAAUAUAUACAUAUGGAUAUAGAUAUGUAUCAUUAUCAGGAAACAGUUGGAUGUAAAUGCAGUAGAAGUAGCACUGAAAUAAAAUGUUUCUCUUUAUUUCAUCAGCAGAUCUGCAAGUAAACUAUCAAACAUUCAACAUGCAUGGGGUAUUUUUGGCCAGGCUUCAGUUCUGCAUUUUGUAAUUUCCUUUCCCAAUUUUAUCCUAAGAGGAAGAAAAUACAAAAUGGGUUUGGCCUUUCCAAGUACGGAGAGCUCUUAACCUUGAAUGUAAUUUCAGGUCAGUGACAGUGCCUUUGAAGUUCUUUGUCCUCUGCCAGAUUUUGCAGGCCUCUUUCCUAAGGAAAUGCUGGUUUCUGUCCAUAUUUUAACUCAGUGCAACACUGGCUUUGGACUACAUUCAAUACAGCAUCUGCGAUGUUUUUGUACCUUGAUUAUUAUUGUUGUAAAGAAACAGCAGAUCAUGUUGUUAGGUUUUUUUACAUUUCUGUCCUUAAGAAAAUAAAUCACUGUUCUAAUCUAAA